GGGGGCGGACUCAGUGGCGGAAGUGGCGACGGGAGCUCCUUUUCCGCUCGGAGGCGCUGCUGGGGCGGCGGAGUCCUAUUGCGGUUGCGGGUAGGAAGAGCCGGGGUCGUGGCUGACAUGGAGCAGCUCCUGGCUGCGGAUGCAGGAGUGAAGGAGAGGACGUCUGCAGGGGGCCGGCCGGGGCCACUGCCAGCCCGGAUUGGUUCCUUCUGGCCCGUCUGGAUGGUGCGCUGGUCUGCUGUUCUCCCUCCUGAGCCAACUUCCUCCUGGCUGGCCAGUGGCAGAACACAACCCGAGGCCAACCUCUUCUGCACACAGCGCCUCUGUCUCCUGCCCGGCUGUGGAUUCUCCAUUAACCUCGCCCUGCUGCUAAGGCCCAGCCCACCCCGGCUGGAGGUGGCGGCCCGCCAGGAUGAGCAAGCUGUCCGGGGACCUGCUGGCCCGCGACCUGGAGCGCAGCCUGCCGGCCGUGGCCUCCCUCGGUUCAUCGCUGUCCCACAGCCAGGGUCUCUCCUCGCACCUCCUCCCACCGCCGCUGCCAGAGAAGCGCCGGGCCAUCUCCGACGUCCGCCGAACCUUCUGUCUCUUUGUCACCUUCGACCUGCUCUUCAUCUCUCUGCUUUGGAUCAUUGAGCUGAACACCAACACAGGCAUCCAGAAGAACCUGGAGCAGGAGAUCAUCAACUACAGCUUUAAAACUUCCUUCUUUGACAUCUUUGUCCUGGCCUUCUUCCGCUUCUCCGGACUGCUCCUGGGCUAUGCCGUGCUGCGGCUCCGGCACUGGUGGGUGAUUGCGGUCACCACGCUGGUGUCCAGUGCAUUCCUCAUCGUCAAGGUCAUCCUCUCUGAGCUGCUCAGCAAAGGGGCCUUCGGCUACUUGCUCCCCAUCGUCUCCUUUGUCCUCGCCUGGUUGGAGACCUGGUUCCUUGACUUCAAAGUCCUACCUCAGGAGGCUGAGGAGGAGCGAUGGUACCUUGCCGCCCAGGCUGCUGUCGCCCGAGGACCCCUGCUUUUCUCCGGUGCUCUGUCUGAGGGCCAGUUCUAUUCACCCCCAGAGUCCUUUGCAGGGUCUGACAAUGAAUCCGAUGAAGAAAUUGUUGGGAAGAAAAGCUUCUCCGCCCAGGAACGGGAGUACAUCCUUCAGGGGAAGGAGGCCAUGGCGGUGGUGGACCAGAUCUUGGCCCAGGAAGAGAACUGGAAGUUUGAGAAGAAUAAUGAAUAUGGGGACACUGUGUACACCAUCGAGGUUCCCUUUCACGGCAAGACCUUCAUUCUGAAGACCUUCCUGCCCUGCCCCGCGGAGCUGGUGUACCAGGAGGUGAUCCUACAGCCUGAGAGGAUGGUGUUAUGGAACAAGACAGUGACCGCCUGCCAGAUCCUGCAGCGAGUAGAAGACAACACCCUCAUCUCCUACGAUGUGUCUUCAGGGGCCGCGGGUGGCGUGGUCUCCCCCAGGGACUUUGUGAAUGUCCGACGCAUCGAGCGACGCCGAGACCGAUACCUGUCCUCGGGCAUCGCCACCACGCACUGCACCAAGCCCCCGACACACAAAUACGUCAGGGGAGAGAAUGGUCCUGGGGGCUUCAUCGUGCUCAAGUCGGCCAGUAACCCCCGAGUCUGCACCUUCAUCUGGAUCCUUAACACAGAUCUCAAGGGCCGCCUGCCCCGGUACCUCAUCCACCAGAGCCUCGCAGCCACCAUGUUCGAAUUUGCCUUCCACCUGCGGCAGCGCAUCGGAGAGCUGGGUGCCCGGGCAUAAGGGUGCCUCCUCGCCACCCUGCGGGCCAGGGUCCUGUCGCCACGGCCUCCAGAGCCAGAGGGGGGCACUGCUUGGGCUUCCCGCUGCCCACUGAGGACUUGGCCUCAGCAGUGGGGAGGGAGGCGCUUCCUCCCCAGCAGCACUGUGACCUGAGCUACCCCCCGACACCGAGCUUCCUGCGCCUGCAGGCGGCCAUGAGCCGGCUGAGGGCCCAAGCACGGGGACUCUGCCGCUGCGCCCGAAUGGGCCUUUCCUGCCAGCAGUCACACGGCCUCCUGCCUCUGGGAAGAGCAGACCCGCCGUCCCCUACUUGGCCCGGGGCGGGGUCUGGAACGGGAGCCACAGACUCAGCGGGAGAGGACCCUGGGCAGGACUGAAGUUGGGGCAGCUCAUCACCAGUGUGAAGGUGUGGGAGCCCCUUCUUCUGCCUGCUCUCGCAUCACGGUUUUUUAGGAUUAUUUAAAGGGUCUGGGACCUUUCUCCACUUGCACUUCCACUUGUAGGGGUGUGGGUGGCAGGUGAGGGUGGUGGGCACUGCCGGGGAACCUGCCUCUCCCAGGUUCUCUCCAGGUUGCUGCCCUCCACCCCCACCCCCAGGGCCUCCUUGGGGACCUUUGUAAUUUG